CACGUUCACUUUAACCACGGUGCACAUCUUUCUAUUCUUAACCAGCAUUGACAUUGACAUUGAUUGACCACGAACCAAGUCACGUAAACUGUUUGCGCAAUCAGUAUCACGUAUUGUGGACAUGAAUAAAGAACUCGGUAUAAAAGUCACCACUCAAACCGUGCAAAAAUUACUUGGUUUCUGCGACUUGAACACAAUGUACCAAAUUUUAUCCUUUAUUCUAGCCUUCGCCGUCGGGGUGGUAGUUCCUCACGGUGGAAUGAUCGACCCGCCGGGGAGGAACUACAUGUACCACGCAGGCUUCGAAGGAACCCCACCAAACUGGAAUUGGCAGGCUGUCUGGUGUAACGACGUUCCUCAAGCAAUCGACGUCCCGGAAUCUACUUGUGGCAUGUGUGGCGACGUUCCUAGCGAUCCUGCCCCCAGAGAGAAUGAGAAUGGAGGCUAUUAUGGGAAAGCAACCGUAGGCAAGAACUAUACCGCUGGCUCUAUUAUCGAUGUUCGAACCGAAUUCGGCGCUGCUCACUACGGAUACAUGGAGUUUCACUUGUGCCAAACGAGCAUCGAGUCGCCAGGUUGUUUCCAGAAACUUGCAAUUGUUGGAGGAAGUGAAGACAUCAUUCCUGAAGAAAGAAUGUGCGUCCCAUACCCAAACAGCGAAACUAGAAUACUCACCGCCAGACUUCAACUUCCAGCUGGGGUGCGAUGUAACCGAUGCACGUUAAGAUGGACGUAUCGAACUGCUUACCCGGGAUGGGGAGGUUGGCAUGAGUGUGCCGUUAAUCCCAACCCAGCCCAAGUGUUCCGGAAUUGUGCUGACAUUAGCAUCCAGUGAAAACAAUGGUUAAUUGGUUAAACUCUUAAUGGUCACAAGGCGAGAUGAAACAAUAUGUAAAUGUAUAUAUAUGAAGUAAAUUUAGUAUGUUAUAUACGUCAACGUGAAAUAUGGUUGUGCCAAAUCUU